AACCGAUUUGCAGCGGCAAGAGUGUUGUAAAAGGGAAUUUCUCUAUAACUUUUUCUUAGACUGCUUUUUUGUACCUUGACCGUUCGUAUCGCCUGCACAUUAUUAACAUGAAUAUGGACAAGUGGGUGCAGUUGAAUAACCAGGUUGCUGGCCGGGAUAAACUAGCGAGACUAAUUCAAUAUGCGUCGCGAGCAAUGUGGGAUUCCCUCGAGGUGUGCAACUCUAGUCCAGCGCUGGUGGACAACUUCAAGACAGUUGAGUACAUCCUGAGCACAUUCCGAAAGCUGCUUCGUUUUGGCAAAUGUUUGGAUGUGUUCUAUGGAACUCUGCGCACAAUACACUAUCCGGACCUCACUAUUCGGGCCACUCUGACCCUGGGUAAGCUGUCGCAGUCCCUGUUCCUGUUCGCUGACCAUUUCCUGUGGUUGGCGCGGACAGGCCUGACGAAAGUGGACGUAAAGCGUUGGUCCAACAUUGCCAAUAAAUACUGGCUAUUCUCGAUUAUCAUGAAUCUGUGCCGUGACUUUUAUGAGAUAGUGCGGGUGCUGGACCUUCACAAGUCCGGCUGCAGGAGUGGCAUAUCGCGAUGUAAAUUGCCAACAAGUAUCAAUAGCCCACAGGACUUCAAACGCCUGGCCCUGCAGUCGUAUGUCAUUAUUCAGGGACACAAGGACAUUGCAGUGGACACAGUAAAGAAUAUUUGCGACUUCUUCAUCCCCCUGACGGCCCUGGGAUACACUAAUCUGACCCCACGGACGAUUGGCUUCCUGGGAGCGAUUUCCUCGUUGGCCGGCCUAUGGGCCCUGCUGGAACCGAAGGCCAAGCUAAUGCCCGCAUAAUACUGCAUGACCUAAUAUUUUAAUCUCUGUGUAUUUUUACUUGUGCCUAAACUCAUUCCUCCAUUAUCUGUAGAGAAACGUUAA